CUGACUACAAGGAGACAGAAGGCUGAGGCCGGGGUGCUAGAGAACCUUGCCGUGUUGGAACUCACGUUGACGCCCCCACGGAGCUCGGCUGCACAGCCCUGGAGUCCCGCACUUCCGCCCGCCAGGUGGCGCCGGUUCUGUUGCCGACUCGGAGAGACUGAGCCUGGCCACUCAAGAUGGCGCCGUCCGCGUUGCUGCGUCCCCUCUCCCUGCUGCUGGCCCCUGCCAGGCUCCCGAGCGGCUCUUCAGCGCGGUCAAAGUUCUGCGUGCGAGAGCCCCUGAAUGCCAGACCUCACUGGCUGAAAGUUGGGUUGACCUUGGGCACCAGCGUCUUCUUGUGGGUCUGUCUCAUCAGACAACACAAUGAAGAUAUUUUAGAGUACAAAAGAAGAAAUGGGCUGGAAUAAACUUUUGAAAUACUAAUGCAGUAUGCUCCGUAUAGUGAUUUUAGCUGUUCCUCUGGAUUCACCAUCUAUUGAGU